AUGGAUAUUACAAACAACGAUACCAAUAUUAUUGAAGAACAAGACCUUUUAUAUAAUGAAAUACGUGAUUCUUUGCAAAAAGAAUUAAAAGUAGAUUCUUUAACUGUAGAAUCAUUAUUUGAUAAUUCCUCAAAUAAAAAAUGCAAAAAACCUCAUCCUUUACGUGAAUAUCUUGAACCAAGCGAAUGCGAACUUUACAUUUGCUAUAAACCAUGUAUAGGACAACGUCCUCAAUUAAAAUGGCAAAAAUUAACAGGAAUUAGCACAAUUAAAUCCCAUUUCAAAAAAUAUCAUACAACUAUUUAUAAUCAAGUAGAGUUAGAACUUAAAAAAACCAAAACGGUUCAACCUUACGGAAUAGAUAAUGAAUUAAAAGUUAAACGUAUUACUUAUCUGCUUAUAAAGUGGAUUAUUUGUAAUCAACAAUCUUUUAUAGUCGUCAAAGAUCCUAGUUUCAUUGAAUUAAUUGAAGAACUUGAUAAACAGUAUCGAUUACCAUCUCGGCAAACUAUAUCUAAUCAGAUUGAAGCAAUUUAUCAAAAACAACAAUUAUU